CCGCCAGCCCGCGCACCGGCCGUGCGUCCUCGGGACAGCCUGCGCGCCCGCCCCCGUCCUGCCCCCGCCCGCCCUCGGGACCCAGGCCGCCUCGAGCCGAGGCAGGAGCAAAAUGAUGCUUCAACACCCAGGCCAGGUCUCUGCCUCAGAGGUCAGUGCCUCAGCCAUUGUCCCCUGCCUGUCCCCUCCUGGGUCACUGGUAUUUGAGGACUUUGCCCACCUGACACCGUUUGUCAAGGAAGAGCUGAGGUUCGCCAUUCAGAACAAGCAUCUCUGCCAUCGGAUGUCCUCUGCACUGGAGUCAAUCACGGUCAGCGACAGGCCUCUGGAGGUGACAGUCACCAAAGCCGAGGCAGCCCCCGAAGAAGACGAAAGGAAGAAGCGGCGUCGGGAGAGGAAUAAGAUUGCAGCCGCCAAGUGCCGAAACAAGAAGAAGGAGAAAACGGAGUGUCUGCAGAAAGAGUCGGAGAAGCUGGAGAGCGUGAAUGCAGAACUGAAGGCCCAGAUCGAGGAGCUCAAGAACGAGAAGCAGCAUCUGAUCUACAUGCUCAACCUCCACCGGCCCACCUGCAUUGUCCGGGCUCAGAACGGGAGGACUCCGGAAGAUGAGAGAAACCUCUUUAUCCAACAGAUAAAAGAAGGAACAUUGUAGAGCUGAGCAGGCGUGGUAUGGGGCCAACUGGGGAGUCCUCACUGAAUCCUUCUUUUAUACCCCACACCCUGAGGCUGUUGGGGAUCUGACUUCCUGUGCACCUCUAGGGUCCCAGCAGCAGAGACCCACCAAGGCAGGAGGGCCUUCGGUGACUCAACUGGGCCUCUCCGCUCGGCCCCAGAGUGGACUUUGGACCAGGGCAAGUACAUUUUUGCCUCAACUCCAGGUCUUAGGCUUUACCGUACUGGCCAUUCUUAGACGCUCCGGGUGGCUCCUGGUUUGGGUGGCUCCUGGUUCGGGUCUUGGCCGCCUUUCCUCCAGAUUCUACAAAAACCAGGAGUCCCGUCAUUAGGAUUCAUGCAAAGCAGUGUCUGUGCCUUGGGUGGGCGGGGCCGUCUCCUCUGCUGCUGCUGUCACUUGUGGGGAAAUGGAGCGAGAAUGGCGGCUAGCCAGGUUGUGCAAUGGCCCGGGCUGUGCUUUCUAGCAAAUAUGCUGUUCUGUGCAGGAAUUACCGCGUGCAAGGCAUUCAUUUCGGAACUGUGCUUUGUGCUUGUUGACCUGUAUUUGUUCUGUGCAGCCCUGGUGUGGCUUUUACAGGACUUUUCUGAGAGUCUGGGGAGCUGUCACCACGCGCAGCGUCUCACAGUGGUCAGGGGGCUGGAGGGGCUCGUCAGCCCUGGCAGAACAGAAUUCCCCUGAGGCCAGCAGCGUGGCUUUGUGCCAACAGGGAAGGCCUCCUUUGCCCUGGCGCCCAGGCGUUAACAUGAAAUCUUUUAAUUAUGGGUCCUCUGCUGCAAAUUCCAUUAUAAUAUCACAGGAAGGAAGCAGAAAGAAAAAGCCGGCUUCCAAAGGGUCAGGACUCUGCUCAGUGACUUAGGUCAGGAGGUGUUUGUAGGCCAAAGAGCCAAAGAAUUCCAUAUUCCUUUUCUUGUGGUCGAAAACCACCGUCAGUGGAGACAUGUUUGAAGCCAGGUGAUGCCCAGACUUUCGCAUUAUUGGCUGUUAAUGGCGUUGUUUUUGUCAUUUAGAUAUUUUUAAAAAUCUGGCCCAGAGCAUUUGCCACAGUGAGAAGACGCACUGGUCACAAAGAUUCUGGCUACUGUCUGACUGUAUAAAUUCUGAUGUUUCUGUGAAAUCCUCAGAGUGUUUAAUCCUACUCAAUGUUAUUACAAGUUUCUGUAAGAGAAAAUAUUACUUAUUUAUCCUAGUAUUCUUAACCUGUCAAUAUAAUAAAUAUUGGAACCAAGCUGUGGUAAGCUAA